AAUGUGGACAGCCUUAAAAGUCCCACAAGUCUGUCUGUACCCUUUCGUCCCUUCCCCUCUUAAAUCUCAUCUUCCCCAUUUAUUUCUCCCAUUCUUUCUCCUUUACUCGAUAAUUAAUUAAUUAAUUAAUCCUCUCCGUAAUUAGCUCUUAAAAUCCCCAAGCAAAUCAAGAUUUUCAUCAUCAUCAUCAUCAUCAUUCAUUUCCAACACACGCAUGCCCUUAUUCUCUGAUAGUGAAUGCAUAAAUACACCAUUGAUAAUCAAUGGCAGUUCGGACUCACCAUCCUUCAAGAUUCCUCUUCGUCAACAAUAACGGACAAGAAGAUAAUAAUUGCUCGUUGCAGCCUCAGGACACUCAUUUCACUUUGAUCAAAGCUGGUCUGUCUCUAUUCCCAUAUCGGUUUCUCUCUUCUUCUUCUUACGGUGCAAUUAAUCGUUCUCGAGAAAAAAAAAAAAAAACAGGGGUAGUUGAUUCAAGAAAGCGAUCGAGAGACGUUUCGUCGGUGGGUUUUCUUCAGUUCUCAUCCGUGGCUACUCCUAUGAACCCUCCACCGCCUAGACCGCCGCAAGUUAUCGAUAUGAGGGAGUUGUUGCAGAAUCAUAACCGGAAAACGCUUAACGUGGUUUCCACUGGUCUUCGUUUAACUCAUGAGCAGUCACAGAAUCAAGAACAGCUGCUCUCGCCUUCUUCUAUGCUUCCGGGAGAUCUCGCCGGAGAAUCAAAACGUCAAAGAGAUGAACUUGACAGUUUCAUUCAAACUCAGGGUGAGGAGCUUCGGCGUAAGUUAGCGUUGUACGGAGAAAGGCGUUAUGUAGAGCUAUUAUACGCAGCGGAGGAGUUAGCGGGACGGAGGGUGAGAGAAAAAGAAGCAGAGCUAGAGAAAGCCACGCGCCGUCACGCUGAGCUAGAGGCGCGUGCAGCUCAGCUUACGGAAGAGGCGCGAACGUGGCAGUUAAGAACUGCGACGCGGGAAGCCGAGGUCUCUUCCUUACAGGCUCAUAUUCAAAAAGUCAUAGCGAGCCAAGCUACGGCGGAGAAACAGAGUGCGAUCGGCGGCGAGACGGAGGAAGCGGAGGACGCUGAGUCGGUCUUCGUGGAUCCGGAGCGGAUCGAAUUGAUCGGACCCUGUUGCAGUAUUUGCCGACGGAAUUCGGCGACGGUGAUGGCAUUGCCGUGUCGACAUUUGGUUCUUUGUAAAGGAUGCGACGGCGGCGGCGAUGUGCGUGUCUGUCCGAUUUGCCUCGCCGUUAAGAAUUUCGGUGUCGAAGUUCUAUAUUCUUGAUUAUGAUUUAUUAUUAAUGGGCCCGUUAGGCCCAUGCGUCAUCUUACUCGAGGAACAAAGGAUACAGCCGUACAAAACGAAAGUCUUAUCUCGACCUACGGAAAAAAAUAUAUGCGUAUGACAUUCGAAAAUUUAAUCUAGUUGAUGUACAUAAGACAUAGAUAGCCAUAUGUAGUGGGAUCUUCUCGUUUUGCCAUCUUAUUUCACUUUGUUUAUUUUGGAAAUUAUCCGCUUCUUUAUAUUUUAUUUGCAGUAUAUUAGAAUACAUCGUUUUGAUUUGAAUUUCUAUAUUGUAGAAAAUCUAAUAUAUAUAUUUUUGAUGAAA